CGCCGCCGCCUCCGCCGGAGCGCGGGUGGAGGGGGGCGGGGAGAGCUGCCGGCCGCCCCGCUCCGCCGAGCCCAGCAGGAAGGAGGGCGCGAGCGGGCGAGCGCGGGCGGCGCGAGCGGAAAAAGCGCCCGCGCGGGGAAGCGAAAAGAAGGAAAGAAAGAAAGAAAACGAGCGCGAGAGGACGGAAAAGCCAGCGAUCGAGCGAGGGCGCGCGCGAAAACUCCCGGCAGCACUUUCAUUUGGACCCUUGGAUGCCCAUUGAACAGAUGCUUGAGACUGGCAAGUAAUUUUCAGACCAUAGCAGAACCAUAAAGCCUGUCCUCUGUGUGGGGAGAAGAUAGCCCAUGUUCUGUGGAAAUGAACGGGGAGCAGCAGCUUGAUGCAGAUGCUGGAUCUGGUGUGGAAGAAGUGGAAUUAAGCUGGGAAGAUUAUCUAGAAGAGACAGGGUCCGCUGCAGUACCCUAUGGAUCUUUUAAACAUGUGGAUACACGCUUGCAAAAUGGAUUUGCUCCUGGGAUGAAGCUGGAGGUGGCUGUGAAAACAGACCCUGAAACCUACUGGGUUGCCACCAUCAUUACUACCUGUGAGCAGUUGCUGCUGCUCCGCUAUGAUGGCUAUGGUGAGGACCGGAGGGCAGACUUCUGGUGUGACAUCAGGAAGGCCGGGCUAUACCCCAUUGGGUGGUGCGAGCAGAACAAGAAGACCCUUGAAGCCCCGGAAGGCAUCAGAGACAAGGUGUCUGAUUGGGAUGAGUUCCUGCGGCAGACCCUGAUAGGAGCGUGCAGUCCUCCCGUUCCCCUGCUAGAGGGCCUCCGUAAUGGGAGGAACCCUUUAGAUCUCAUUGCCCCAGGCUCCAGGCUAGAGUGUCAAGCUUUCCGGGACUCAUUGAGCACUUGGAUCGUUACUGUAGUCGAGAACAUCGGAGGAAGGCUGAAGCUGCGCUAUGAAGGACUGGAAAGUUCUGACAGUUUUGACUAUUGGUUGUAUUACUUGGAUCCAUUUCUUCAUCACGUUGGUUGGGCUGCUCAGCAGGGAUAUGAGCUUCAGCCCCCAUUAGCCAUUCAGCAUCUAAAGAAUGAAGGUGAGUGGCAGGAGAUCCUGGCCAAAGUGAAAGAGGAGGAGGAAGAGCCAUUGCCUUCAUACUUAUUUAAGGACAAACAAGUGAUUAGCACUCAUUCAUUCUCUGUAAAUAUGAAAUUGGAAGCUGUGGAUCCCUGGUCUCCUUUUGGGAUCUCUCCUGCUACAGUUGUUAAGGUUUUUGAUGAGAAGUACUUCCUGGUGGAAAUGGAUGAUUUGCGCCCAGAGAAUCAUGCACGGCGAUGUUUUGUGUGUCAUGCUGACAGUCCUGGUCUUUUCCCUGUGCAGUGGAGUCUGAAGAAUGGUUUACACAUUAGCCCCCCUCCUGGCUUCCCGGGCCAGGACUUUGACUGGGCUGACUACCUCAAACAGUGUGGUGCCGAAGCUGCUCCGCAGAGGUGCUUCCCUCCGUCAAUUGCUGAGCAUGAAUUUAAGGAGAAUAUGAAGCUUGAGGCAGUGAACCCUCUUCUCCCAGAAGAAGUGUGCGUUGCCACCAUUACUGCAGUGAGAGGCUCCUACGUAUGGCUCCAGCUGGAGGGUUCUAAGAAGCCUAUACCUGAAUGUAUUUUGAGUGUGGAAUCCAUGGAUAUAUUUCCUUUGGGCUGGUGUGAAACCAAUGGCCAUCCCCUCAGUGCCCCUCGCCGAGCACGAGUACACAAACAGAGGAAAAUUGCAGUGGUUCAACCAGAAAAACAAAUACCAUCCUCCAGGACUGUCCAUGAAGGUCUGAAGAAUCAGGAGCUGAACUCCACAGACUCAGUUAUGAUCAAUGGAAAAUAUUGCUGUCCAAAGAUAUACUUCAACCACCGUUGCUUCUCAGGGCCAUAUCUGAACAAAGGAAGAAUCGCUGAGCUGCCUCAGUGUGUAGGACCUGGGAACUGUGUUCUAGUCCUCAGAGAGGUCCUCACUUUACUUAUCAAUGCAGCCUAUAAACCCAGUCGUGUCCUUCGGGAGCUGCAGCUGGACAAAGACUCUGUGUGGCAUGGAUGUGGGGAGGUCCUAAAGGCCAAAUACAAAGGAAAGAGUUACCGGGCUACCGUUGAGGUAGUGAAGACAGCGGACCGAGUGACCGAGUUCUGCCGGCAAACCUGCAUCAAACUGGAGUGCUGUCCUAAUCUCUUCGGCCCACGGAUGGUUCUGGACAAGUGUUCUGAGAACUGCUCUGUGCUUACAAAGACCAAAUAUACACACUAUUAUGGAAAGAAGAAAAAUAAGAGAAUUGGAAGGCCACCUGGUGGGCAUAGUAACUUAGCAUGUGCCCUGAAAAAAGCCAGUAAGAGGAGGAAGAGACGGAAAAAUGUGUUUGUCCAUAAGAAGAAACGCUCCUCUGCAUCUGUUGAUAACACCCCAGCAGGCUCCCCGCAGGGAAGUGGAGGUGAAGAUGAGGAUGACCCAGAUGAAGGGGAUGACGAUUCCCUAAGUGAGGGCAGUACAUCUGAGCAACAAGACGAGCUACAGGAAGAGUCAGAAAUGUCUGAAAAAAAGUCAUGCUCUUCCUCUCCCACCCAAAGUGAGAUAUCUACAUCACUGCCUCCAGACGGACAACGGAGAAAAAGAGAGCUUCGCACUUUUUCAUUUUCUGAUGAUGAGAAUAAACCUCCUUCACCAAAGGAAAUAAGGAUUGAAGUUGCUGAAAGGCUUCAUCUGGACAGUAACCCUCUGAAGUGGAGCGUGGCAGACGUUGUUCGGUUCAUCAGGUCCACCGACUGUGCACCAUUAGCAAGAAUAUUUCUAGACCAGGAAAUUGAUGGGCAGGCCCUAUUGCUCCUUACCCUUCCCACUGUUCAAGAAUGCAUGGACUUAAAAUUGGGCCCGGCCAUCAAACUCUGCCAUCACAUAGAGAGGAUCAAGUUUGCUUUCUAUGAGCAGUUUGCCAACUGAGAAGGACAACCAAAGUGAGCUGUGUCUUCGAAGCACAAAUGCAUCAAAUCCUUCUCCCCGUUCUACAAGUGGCGCUGACACGGUCUCGGGCUCCGGGCCCUGCAGAGGUCGGCUUGCUCUCUUUGCACUUUCAGGGAAGGAGGACCCACACUGAGGAAGCAAACACCACAUGGAAGUGGCUCUCCUGCCAGUGGAGAAUUGGGCAUCUGUUGGUCAGCAGAUUGCAGUUUGGAAAAAAAAAAAAAAAAAAGGUUGUGAAGAAAAGACUCCCAUAAGAAGCAUAAGCAUUUCCAGUGGCGUGGCCUGAAAACGAAGAAUAAUCUAGGCUGCUGGAAAGCACCCUUAUGGUUGUUUUCUUUUUGUUCUGUUCCUUCCCAUUGUAGAUUGAACUUUGUUCUCUGCUUUCCCUUUCUUGGAAAGAGAGGACAUAGCUUUAAGUCAGCACUGAUUUGGGACUGUGCCUAAGGCACAUCAGUGCUUCAUUGUCAUUGUGUUUUUAAGCUUUUUUAAAUUAAAACUGUUCAUUUUGGGGA